CGGAUAGAUUGAAUUUUCAACAUGCUUUGUUAAGAUACGCAUGGCAAGGAAACCAUUCAUCUCCAGUGCAAGAACGAUUGGCCAAAGGAAAGGCAAGAGUAUUGGAUGUCGGUUGCGGAACCGGAAAAUGGAUUCUUGAAAUGAGUCGUGACUACCCAAAUUCUACUUUUAUCGGUUUAGACGUUUCUCCAUUAUUUCCUGAUAUUUCAGAGACACCUUCAAACGUUGCAUUUUUACAAUGCAAUGUCAAUGAUGGCAUCCCUUUUCCUGAUAACACGUUUGAUUUCGUUUUUCAACGUCUUUUUUCAAAAUACGUGACUGAUGAGCAAUGGAAAGGAGCAGCUCGAGAAAUGGUAAGAGUGACAAAGCCAGGAGGGUGGAUUGAAUUUUUUGAAGAUGACAUUGAAUAUGAAGAAAUUGAUCAUUUUGGGUUACAAAUUUUGAAUGCGAUUUUUGCUGCCAUUGAAGCAAAGAAGGGGAAUCCGCAUCCGUCCCCAAUUAUUCCUCCAUUUCUUCAAACUAUACCAGAAUUAUCAACUAUCCAUCAUAAAAAAGUUUCAAUCCCGAUAGGUAAAUGGGGAGGAAAGCUUGGUGAACUGAUGUCAAAGUUACAUAUUAAAACAUUUCAAAAUUUUGCCCUUAUAAUGACAUCAACUUUAAACAUUUCAAAUGAAGUACAUGAUGACAUAUGCGAAGUUGUUGCUCAAGGGUUUGAGAUAAAUAAAGUAUCUUCAGCUACACAUAGAUGGUUUGCGCAAAAAAAAAAAUAA